AUGAGAUAUUUGGCCCAGGAUGAUCGGGCUCAGCUCGCGGGCGAGUACUUCGCCCCCGAGGGACUUUAUGAAUAUAUCAAGCAACUCCCUUUCACUGGCCGCGUCAAAAGUGACGCUACGACAUUAGUAGCGGGUGAAUGGACGGAGAUCUUGCUGGAAUAUGAAGUAGGAGGGUCUGGUUUGGCAGACGGUGCUUGGAUCAAAGGUACAUUCAAAUUCUACUCGGACUGGGCUCUGUUUCAAACAUCAGACCGCACGAAGGAUAAUUAUGUUAGUGUUGAAUAUGUGCCAAACAAGCUAUUCCCUGGUCAAACUCCAGCUACCGUUCAAUCACUGAGUAUUCGCUUCGACCAAAAAGGACACGAGCGCCCUUUCCAGAAAGCACUCGUUGUGGAUGUCCACGAUGGCUACUUGAACCCCGGAGACCGAAUCCUCAUCCGGUUAGGCGACCGUCGAUAUGGAGGACGGGGGACUCGAGCUCAAACCUUUGUCGAGAAGGACUUCCGAUGGCGGUUUUAUAUCGACCCUGUUGGGACGUCGUAA